UUGGACCUGACUUUGACCCCUGCCACCCGCAGAGUCGAGCGCAAGCUGGAAACCUUGGAGAUUCAGUUCGGGGACCUGGAUCGUGCCAAGGAAAACCUGACUCAUAAAUUUAAGCUUCACGGCGAGACCCUGAGGAGACGGGCGGCCCAGGACGAGAUGUGGGUCGCGGUGCUGGACGAUAGGCUCGCAGCCCUGGAGCUGAACGUCUUGUACGGCUACGUCGUCGAGCUGUUUCACUACUUGCAUUCCCAGGUGCUGGAGAAGGUCCCCGACCUGAGGGAGUCUCUUCCCACCUUCACCUCCAUCCUCAGGCGCAAAGACAAGAACAGACGGAUUGGCGACGUCUGGGAGUCGGUGCUGGAGGUCCUCGGGUGGCAGGAGGGACACGUUCGAGCUCUCUGCGCCUUCUUCGUCGCUCGCGGCCGCGAGGCCCGAUACUGUCGCCCUAGUCGGAGGCUGUUGGCCGCGAGCGAGGUUACCGCCGUGAUGACCGAUGGGAUAAAAAACCCACUUCUGCGAGAAAGUUUGCUCAGAGCCGUUCAAACUAUAGAGAAGGGGAGAACGACCGGGGCCCCUAUGUAGCAAAAGAGAUCCCUAAAACCCGUGGUAUCCGGAGCCCCAGUUUACCCUACCCGUUUGAUAGGUUGGGGAUCGUGCGUGUGUGUGUCCCCGUCUGUGUAUUUUCCACCUUGCAUCCGUCUCAUACUGAUAAUAAUAGUAUCGGUAUCUGUUAGGCGCUUACUGUGUGCCAGGCGCCGUCUGAAGCACUG